CAUCAUUAUUUUACUGAAGGGGAUAAAGUAGGUGCUUUAGAUAAAUGGCAGCAACUUGAAAUGCGUUUCAGAAGAUAAAUUUACCUUCUCUCCAUUUACCUGCUAGCGUGACAAAUUAAGAAAGAAGACCAUAAAAACAGAGCAGGAGGGAAAGCAGUGCAAAAGCUAACUGAGGUGAGGCAGCGGGCCCUGCUCCAAACAAGUGCGUGAACAGAGAUUCUUGGAAGUGCUCCUAGUCAAAUACGAACCAGGAAUGCUACACACGCCAGACGUCCUUGGAAAUCCAUGGAGAAGCAUGUGCAGAAGAUCCACCUGUCCUAAAAUCAGCACCCUUACCAAGCACUAGGGGCAUUGCCAUUUGGGAAAUAACGUCUGUUCGUGUGAAAGUGGAGCGACUCUGUAUCGUAUUAAAUGGCCAAAAUCUCUCUGUUGGCCUCUGCCGAGCAAGGCAGCUCUUUGUCUACUGCCAGAAACACCAGUGAAUUAACUUCUGCUGAAAGGAAAUGAAAGUAGUUCUGAAGCCAUUAAAAGUCCCGGAGUCACACACCUGUGCUGUGAGAGCUCUAAACACACACUGGAAACAGGCGUUUGGCAACGAGCCUUUACCAGCAACACCUGCCAAACCAAAACCGGAGAGAAAUCAUUGGGCCAGUUCCUCUCUGCUUCAGGCUUCUGAUGAAAAAUAUUGCUGGAUAUUUUGAAAGAAGCCUCCUGAAGCCUUUCCUAAAUACCACUGCAUGCCUGCAGGAAGGAAGAGAAGCUUGGGGCAGUCCCAGUCAGCCAGUCAGACUUCUGUGUUUAAUACAGAGAGGUUUUGGUCCCUUUAGACAAUAUUUGGUUAACUCUAGCUGGGAAGCAGUGAAGGAGCUGUCCAAGAGAGGCCUUGGUGAAAACAUUGAUCUCCGUAUCAUGCAGCUGCCGGCGGUUUACCAAAAAGCAAAGGAGCAAGUCUUCAAGAUAUGGACAACUCUUCAGCCACUGCUUACUGUUCACGUUGGGCUGGCUUCAUCUGCCAAAGCGCUCAUCAUCCUCGAGCAGUGUGGGAAGAACAAAGGCUACCAAGAGAUGGAUGGAUGUGGUUUUCGCCCAGAAGGUGGCUGUUGCAUGCUAGAUGGCCCGGAAAAGAUUGAAUCUACAAUUAAUAUGAAGACUCUCUGGAAAAACAUUUCAGUGGAAGGGAUUGAUAUCAUCUUUUCCAGAGAUGCGGGCAGGUAUAUCUGUGAUUACACCUACUACACUUCUCUGUAUUAUGGCAAUGGAAGAGCAGCUUUCAUCCAUGUGCCUCCAUUAUCCAACUCGGUAACAGCAGAGCUUCUAGGAAAAGCAUUACAGACAAUUAUCUUAGAGAUGUUAAAACAGUGUGGGGAAGAGGGAGAGUAGGAUGGAUCAUAUAAGAAAAUAAGGAUUUCUUAGAAUGCAAUUCCUUACUCUUAAAUAAAGCAACUUUAAAGGUUAUUAAAAACCCCUUCAAAAAUGAUUUUAUUUUCAAUGUCAUUUUCAGUGAAGUUUCCUUACAAAAUCCAAACACCUGUUUAGGUCUCGCUUUGGUGUAAAAACCUUGAGAGAAAAAAAUGUUUGUCAGUCUGCACUGCUAACAACGAUACGGUUGCUUCAAAUUUCGGAAAGCAUGAAACCGGACUUAAUAGGUGCUUAAAUCUGUUUCUGAUGGGUAGGAAGACAUUAAAAAAGACUUGCUGAACCAAGGUGGAUGCUUGGAGCUGUCAGUUCAGCAUUGGCUGGAUAUGACAGAGGUUCCCCUCAGCCCCUGUCCGAGUUCAGACAGAGUUCAGCCAUAGAAAGUGCCCGCAUAAAGUAAAUAUGAGUGAAAACAACACACAUGUAGGGAUCCUGUUUUAUAAUUCUUGCUUAGUAACCUGCUCUACAUGCUGGAUUCCACAUCAGAAAUGGGCUAAGAACCCAGGGUGACUUAAAAGAAAGUAAACAAGCUGGAAUCUCUCCGGAACUGUAAUGCUAUCAGUAAUUAGGGUAUCAGCUGCCGCAAACCAGCAGUGACUGUCGUUCCCAGCGCCUGUGCCAGAGCACAGACAACGGGCUGUCAGCACAACAGGGACGUCCGUGUGCAAACCAAACAGCUGACUGUCCCAAGAAAGGCGGGCGGUGAAGCCCUGUGCUGUGGUACAUGGUGUUACUUACAAACAGGAACCGAAUGAGACCCCAAAUUACUGUAAAACUCGGGGAGCGGCACACCACUUCUCUUUGGCACAUGGUAAUGUCAGCACACAUUCUCAAUAAUUACCUUGGUAGUGCCACAACAGACGAGAUAAAAUGAGCAGCUAUUUUCCAAAAAUAGUCACUAGAACAGGACAGCAGCAGCUUAAUGUGAACAACGGGGAUUUCUCCAGGAAAACCCCAUUCCUCAAGUGUCACGUCAGUAAAAAGGACAACAGACAAACUGAAGAGCACAGAUGGCUCAUGAAGCUUUUGGCCACAAAUGUGCCUUAUUUUAGGCAAUGCUUUGAUGACAAGAGUCAGAGAAUUGGAAAUGCCAGGAUAAUUCUAUUUUUCUUGCCACUGUAUUUUCCAAUAACCAUUAGAGAAAACCGAUGACCAUGUGCUGGGUGGUGAAUGCCUCCUCUAUGCAUUGCUGUGAGGGUGAAUAAACAGGUUUUCUGCAAACAAAUAAACAACAAACAAACCUUACCUUAUUUAAGCGAUCUACCUACUGCAAAACAAAACUCAAAGUCCCCUUGAAAAAGCGUCCACAAGCUCGGUGUCGCUGCAUGAAAAUACUUCUAAUACAACGCAACCGCAGUACUGCCCUCUACUAAGAUUUAUUCAGAAUAUCACAAUUAAAUGCAGCCAAAAAGGGCAGAAGAAAACCACAGAUGAUUUACUCCCAGUUUUCUAACCUGUACUUGCUUUGUAUAAGGAGCGACAAAUUCAGAAAGAGGCAAAUGCAUACAGAAUUCUUUUAUUUAACUUAAAUCAUGUAGUACUGAAACUACUAGAAAAAAGCAGAGUAAGAGAAACUAAAGGAGCCUUAGCUUCAGCCAUUCAAAAUAGACAAAGUUUCUUCUUUUCAUAAUGUAAAGAAUCCCGAGUAUAUCGCAAUAACAGGAAUAAAUUCUUACAACAGAAUAUACAAAAACAUUUUGAAAUUUUUUUUUUAAUCUACCGAUUCAUUUUAAUAUAAACACAGGAAUUUCUUUAGGAAUAAUUUAUACACAGCAAGUCUUUUUAUGUAAUAAAUUGGCCAUGUUAUUGUUUAAUUUUCUCUUAAAAAAAUUUAAACAAGAAAACUUGGAAAAUGUUGUAUUUGCAACUGUAUCCAUUCCUUAGCACUUUCUAGUGUUGUUUUUGUCCCAGAGGUAGACAAACUCUGGCCAGUCCUUUCAUCUCAAACCUCACUGGUUCAGAAAACAGAAGAGCCGAUUAUUAAGCAUUAUGUAAAUCAUCAGAACCCUCAGCAAUGCGGUCAGUCAAAUUUGGGGGGAGCGAGGGGAAAGGGAUCAUCAACAUUCUUAAAUAAAAAUAAAUAGGGAUCCUGCCUUGCUCAUUUCAACAAAGCUUUAAAGGGUACUCAACAUCUUGAGAGGCUGCACACGAACUUUUAUACUGAUCAGAAAUCUGCAAAUAGUUCCUCAACAGUUAAUUACGAAAAGCGUCUUCCCUCUUUCUCUCACGCAGUCACAUCCAUCGAACCACACGGUCACCAUGAAGCGGGUCCCGAGCGGCCGCGUGGGCCUGGGUAGCAGCAAACCCCGUUCUGUUUCCCCGACCAGUGAGGUUCUGGUAACCCCUUCGUUACCUGCCUGGACAGCAAAGUGAAAUGACCAGUUACGAUGAUCCCACCCCAACCAGAGGGCUCUGGAAGACCAGGAUACUGAAGAUACAGAACAUUUCCCCAACUUCUUUACUCAUUCGCUGUGUACUGGGACACAAAGCUUGGGCGGGUAGGGGGGGAUUGGACACCUUAGCGAUCCUUUUUGGCAUGUUGUAAAGCUAGCUAGUGAACUGGUACCAUCCAAAACCUGAUCACAUACGGACACACCCAUACGCAGACACAGAAGAGUGUCCUUAAAUUAUAGUUUAGGCAUUUAUAAACUACAAACAUUUUAUAAAAUUAUUCUAUGUACUUACAAAAUGCAGUGAAACAUUUAAUUAGUUCUUGUAAACCAGAUCUUCGUCAACUGACUACCCGUAAUCUACUGGACUUAAAAGCCCUAUUGAAAAUGCUAAUGGUUACUAAUCAACAAAACACAUACAAAAAAAAAAAAAGGCAAACACGCAUAUGCACACACACAAACUAGUCUCAAGGUACUUGCAAAACAGACCACCUGUAA